AUGCGUCCGACAGCAACCUGCUCCGCCGCUGCUCUGCCGGUGCUGCCCCGGAUGCUACUGCACCAUGGCCCAACCAGGUUUCUCAACAUGAGUAUGCGCCUGUCAACCAUUCAAUCAGCACCAACAAAGCCGGCUUUCUCCAUGCUUUUUUCUUCUCUCACUAGUUCAAAAUCGCCCCGAUCACCACCCCCUAUAAUACCUCAGACCAAUAUAAUAUCACUAUCCUCAUCACAACUUAUUCCGCAAUACCCUAAAAUCCAAUUAAAUACCUCCAUCUACCAUCUCCGUAGAAACUUAUCCACAUCUUCAACAAGAUAUAAUGCCUCGAUCCCACAACCUACAUCAACUAAUACUACUACUACUACCACUACUACUCCAUCUUCUGCCGACUCGUUUGAAAAAUCCGAGCGCGCUAAACAAGCAUCACAGGUUAACCUUUCGGCUCGCCUAUCCCCUCGGGAUACCUCCAACAAGGCUGCAGGACUUAAAGAAAUUGGUCGUCUCUUCAGCCUCGCACGUCGUGAAGUAAAGCCUCUUUUCUUUGCCGUGCUCCUUCUUGUUCUCUCGUCCGCAGUCACUCUCACCCUGCCUAUGACCAUUGGAAAGAUCCUCGAUGCUGCAAACUCGGAUGUCACUGAAAAACUCGUUUUUGGUCUCCCCCUGCCUACCUUCUACGCAGGUGUCGCUGCUCUCUUUGUCGUUGGUGCCGCUGCAAAUUUUGGCCGUGUCGUCUUACUCCGUGUUAUUGGUGAACGCUUGGUUGCACGUCUUCGUGUUUCUCUCUUUAAAAAAACCGUUUCUCAAGACGCAGAAUUUUUCGACGCCAAUCGUGUUGGUGAUCUCAUUUCUCGCCUUUCCAGUGAUGCCAAUAUUGUAGCAAAGUCUCUCACACAAAAUGUUUCUGAUGGCCUGCGUUCUUCACUUUCGGCCAUUUUUGGUAUUGGUAUGAUGGCCUAUGUUUCCCUCAAGCUUACUUCCCUCAUUGUUCUCGUCAUCCCUCCAAUCUUUUUGGGCUCUGUCAUUUACGGUAGAAAAGUCCGCCAACUUUCGCGUGAACUCCAAGCCUCCAUUGGUGAGCUCACCAAAGUUUCUGAAGAACGACUCUCUAAUGUUCGUACCGCCCAAUCUUUUGCUGGAGAAAUUCAAGAAAUCCACCGAUACAGUGACAAAAUUCGAGACGUUUUCCGCAUCGGUCGUUCCGAAGCUAUCGCUGCUGCUUCCUUCUUUGCAUCAACAGGCUUUGCAGGAAACCUUACCGUCCUUGGUUUACUUGCUAUUGGUAGUCAAAUGGUGUCCUCCGGUGAAAUGACCCUUGGCGCUCUUACUUCUUUUACCAUGUACACUGGUUACGCAGGAUCCAGUGCUUUUGGUCUGUCGUCGUUUUAUAGCGAACUCAUGAAAGGUGCUGGUGCCGCCUCACGCUUGUUUGAGCUCAUGGAUAGAGAGCCCUCAAUCAAGCCUACUGUUGGCAAGAAGCUCACUCAGGCUCGUGAAACAAUUACUUUUGAACACGUCAAAUUUUCUUACCCAACGCGACCUGCCGUCCCCAUUUUCAACGACCUGAGUUUCCAGAUCCCUUCUGGUAGCAAUGUUUGUGUCGUGGGUCCUUCUGGUAGUGGUAAGUCCACUGUGACAUCGCUUUUGCUGCGCUUUUACGAUCCCACUGGCGGCUCCAUUCGCAUUGGUAACGAUGACAUUCGCGACCUGAACCUUAAGAGCUUGCGUCGCCAGAUCGGUGUUGUAUCCCAAGAGCCUGUGCUCUUCAGUGGAACCAUUGCUGAAAACAUCUCUUACGGCAGACCUGAUGCCUCUCGCGGGGAGAUUUACAUGGCUGCAAAACGCGCAAACUGUGGCUUUAUCUCCGAUUUCCCUGAGGGUCUCGAUACUGCAGUGGGAGCACGCGGCGCCCAGCUCAGUGGUGGCCAAAAACAACGCAUUGCCAUUGCACGUGCUCUUAUCAAGAACCCAUCCAUUUUGAUUCUUGACGAAGCUACCUCUGCGCUAGAUUCCGAGUCUGAGGCAGCCGUUAACGAGGCUCUCGUCAAUCUCAUGGACGAAAAGAACACAACUACUAUUUCUAUUGCCCACCGCCUGUCGACCAUUAAGCGCAGUGAUCAAAUCAUUGUUGUCGGCAGCGAUGGCACUGUUGCCGAGGUUGGCAGCUUCAACUCGCUCAUUGCUGACCCGGAGUCAGCCCUGAGCCAACUUCUCAAGGCCCAGGCUAAGGAUGUGCUUGAGGAGUACGAGCCUGUUGCUUUGGAAAAGCAUGAGGAAGACGAUAAGAUUAGUGGUGUCGUUGGUGGUGUUCCUGAGGAAAUUGCAUUAGCAAACAAUGGUGACUCUGAAACUUUUGUCGAGGAACAAGUCGAUGAGGAUUUGGCUCGCCAGGAGAGCGAGCAGGAAGACAAGGAUGCUUCCGCCGGUAUCAAUAUUAAGAAGAUUUCAAACUUUUAA